GUACGAUGGUCUAACAUAAAAAAUAAAGCGAUAGAAUCGUAAUUGUUUGUCAAGCACACGUAUUUAAUACCUCUGCUCUAAAGAUGCUGUUUGCUGUCGUGCUAAUUGUAAUUUGUGCUAGCCAUCUGGCUGCUGGAGGAGUGUCAUCAAGCUGCCCUGACAAUUAUUUCGAAUGCGCUGGAGGACCAGUGUCGUGUGUGCCGGACAUAUGGGUGUGUGAUGGUGACGAGGACUGUUGGGACGGUGGCAGUGAUGAAGUAAAUUGUAACACGAAUCCGGGCCCUAGUCAACCAAGCGGAUGUGAUUCAAAGUUAUUUACAUGCGACACCGGAGAAUGCAUCAACAAAGAUUACGUCUGUGAUGGUGAGAAAGAUUGUCUGGAUAAUUCUGAUGAGGGCGCAGUCCUCUGCAAGAAUUGCUACGAGGACCAACAUCAGUGUGAUGUCGACGUCUGUAUUCCACGAUCCUGGGUUUGCGACGGCGAAGCUGAUUGCACAGAUGGAACGGAUGAGCGAAGAUGUUGGUGAACAUCUUGGUGAAUCGAUCACUCAUUGAAAACAAACAAUAUUGAAUAAAAAGACAGACAGUCCAAUA